AUGGCGACGAACUUGUUUGGCAGUAUUUAGAUUUUUUCGCGAUUUUAAAGAAGUAUCCACGACGGAUUAUCCCAUAUCUUCAAAUUUUGACGUGUUUUUGAAAUUUCGUACUUAAAAAAUUCUUGUUUCUAGCGGUAUACAAUGUUUAAGCAUGAGUUUCAAGGUGGCUCUUACGUGGAAGUUUUCAGUGCUCAAGGUCGAGACCCGGUAGCGAAAUGGAGACUGAGUGGAAGUGCUUCAACCAAAAACAAAGUUUACGAUAAGGACGUGAAGAGUUUUGUUUACUUUUUGGAGGGCGAGACAACCACAACGAAAAUGAGUUUACCUAAGGACGAGAAGCAAUCGUUAGGACUCACACAGCGGUAUUUGGUUUUACAAUUGUAUGUACCACUGGGGCAUUCGUUUUCUUUAGAGUUUGGUGUAUCGGACAGCUCUGGGAAUAAUAAACGUCGCAUUCUGCUCUCCUCAAAUCAUAGAGAAAUCACUAUUACACAACUUCACGCGCGAUUUCCUUUCAACAUCCUUCGCCUCGGCGUCUGGCUAAAUCUUUGUUUCGAUCUUCGGUCACUGGUUGGCGAAACGUUCAAGGGAGAGUGUUUUAAUGCUCUGGAAAACUUGACAAUUUCCGCGAGUUGUCGUUUAAGGAAAAUCUUCACAAUGAAGUUGCAACCGUUUGAUACUACGGACGACGAUGAACUUUACAACUGCGAGAAUACAAACAGCGGAGAGUUAGACAAUAUACCCAAAUCACUUCAGCUCUCAACUUUACCAGACAUCCCGUAUUACACACAGGUCAUCAACAUGAGCAAGAUAUUACAGGCAGAAAUCAAAACAAGAGAGAGAGCUGGUCUUCCUCCACCUUCAACACCAAUCCUCACUGAGGCUGAUAUGCCAGGAAAUAAACCAGAAGAACAACCAACACACAUUGCAUUUGGUUCAAAAGUUGUUAUUCCUAAACAUGCAAGAAAGUCUUCUCGUGAAGGAGGAGCAUCUUCUGCAGGUGCCCGAUCUUCAUCAGGACUAAAUCACAGUGGCUCAAUCCCACACUUGACAUCUGUUUCACCUGCAUUUGAGCCUGAAAGUGGAUGUGAAAGUAGCAGACUAACUCACAGACUGUCAUACCAGAGAUCUUUAUCUGAUGCUACAUAUUUUCAACCUGAAUCCUCCAGUAACCAGUUAGAGGUGGAAGCCACACAAACAACAAUGCAACCGAGACCACCAAGAACUGGCUCAGGUGGAAAGACUCGCAGAAGACCUUUGAGAAUCAAACAUCCCGGAAGUUCUAAAGUUCGAAAUGGUGAUGACAAGGAUAACACAAUUAAUAGUGUAAAGAAUGGUGUGAAUGGUUCCUCCACUUCAAAGGACAAUGUCUCCGAUGAUCAGGAAUCUAUUUCUAGAUCACAAAGUGAGAGUUCCCUGAAGACAUCAGGGGAUGAUAAUACCCUAGCAGGGAGCUUUAACAAAAUGUCAAUAAAAAUUCCAGAAAUGGAUCAAAAUGGCCAUGACGAUGGGGAUCCUGCUAGUUCAAAAGAACAGGCAGCCCUGAUGACAAAAAUUGAAAAAGGGUCUCCACCUGUUUUUACUUUUUCAUCAAGACCUAGAUCAGCACCUAGAUCACCUCGAGGUCGACAACGCAAAACUUCAGAUUUUACUCAGGUUACAGCACCUGCGGAAGAAAAGCCGGAGAUAAAACUUUCUUCACAAGUCUCUGUGGACUCUAAAGACUGGACAAAUACAUCACAGAACCGAUUGCGGAAAGGCAGUGAUAGAUCAGAGUAUGACGAUGACUUCUACAAAGCUUCUGGAGAAAGUUCAGCUGAGGAAGAUGAUUUGCAGAACUUUUUGAAAGCUAGUGGAAAUUCCAGGUGUAGCUCAAGAGGGUCUAAACUGAGCCCUCUGGAAAGUCCAUUGCCAAGUCCUGAGCCUGAUCCUUUGUCAAAAUCACAGACUUUAAGAAUGAGUAUUAGAAGUAGCUUGUUGAAGGAGAUUCCUUCACCACGUAAAAGCAAUGCAAAGCCUUAUGAUGCAAAGAAUUACCAAUCAGACGCAAAUUCAUGGCGAAAUGUUCAAUCAGAUGCAAGCUCUUGGCGAUUUGACACAUCUGUUAUGAGUAACAACAUGUUAGACAAAUCCUUGGGUAGAUCAUUCAACAGCUCUUUUGGACAUGAUAGUGGGAUAUUUAGAGAACACUUGAACAGUAGUGGGACUGGUUCUGAAGGGAUCAUCAUUAAUGAUGGAGGGGAUUCCCUGAGUGACUCUAGCGAUGACACAACUUACAGUACAUGGAAAGGACCACCUCCCUCGGACAAGCGGAUACACCGCUACUUAGAUGAAAUGAGGCACCCGGGACCAGAGCCAGAUCUUACAGCUACAUUACCGAUGGAUCCAAGAGAGUAUUCAAAUGCAUUCAGUCCACCUAUUGUACUACCCAGUCAAAAACGGAGCACUGCUGGCCAACAGGCGGCUCUCUCAGCUGCGCUGUCACCACCAAGAAGUCGUAAUCCAAGCAGUAGCAUGGAUCACCACACAGCAGAUGAAGAGGAGUUAGAUUUACUCUAUGAUCCAUGUUUGAACUGUUACUUUGAUCCCAGAACUCACAAGUACUAUGAACUGGCAUAAGACACGAUGAGGUGACUUCCCAGUUGUUUAGUUUAUUUAACUGUCAAUGCAAGUCAAUAAAGCUUAUUUACUUACCUGGACACUUCACGUACACGUACCUGUUGUUCAUACUGGGUCAUUUUGUGAAGGAGUAAAACUAGUUAUAGUGUUGAAGACAGGUAAGAUGACGAGUUCAGUAAUACCCGACUGCCGCCCAGUGAUAGGGUCAUCUUGAAGGCUGGGCCAUACUUAUAGGGUUCAACUGAGGGUUGUAAUGUCAGGAAAACGGUAGUAAAUUUAAGCCUAACGUUUCCAAACGGCAAAAAUAAACUCGGAUAUUACCCCCUUUACUCAUAAUUCUCAAAUCAACCCUGCAUGAAAAUAGCAAAACACAAAUCUCUUGUUCCUGGCCGAUUCAAAUGUUUUCGUUUUCGAACCAAACAUUGCGCUCAUUGAUCGUAGUGGAUACAUUCCUAGUGAGGUAUUGUCGUUUUUCUUGCGAUGCAGUCUCUUCUAAUGUGGUUUAUCCAAAUCAGACGUACCUAGAUCUUGAGAAAAACUAGAACACUUCAUUAUUGUUUUCGUAUUAGCGACCAAUCAGCUGAUAGCAAACGUCGUUAAGUUCAAUUUUUUUCAAAUG